AAUGCAUGCAUAGUCAUAUCUUAGUUGCAUGGCGAGCCGACCAGCUAGCCAAAUAUGAGGGCAAACGACCAAUAUUUAGAAUUAAAUAGCAUUAUAUCAUCAGAAUAACGUUAUUCGACCAGAGCCAGCAGAUUCGACCUCAUGAUUAGCCUCCAUUUGAAUGAUUCUACUUCGUCAGUUAACCUAGUAAUUAGUUUACCAAGCAGGUGAGGUGCCUACGUUUUCAACUUCUGUCGGCCAGCACCAUUCACCGAUUGGAAGCAGAAUGUUAGAAAAUGUUCCUACAGUCUCAUCAGCAGAGCGUCAGCAGGUGCUUCAAGCUCUUGAACGUCUGCAGUUGAAACUGGUGCAGCAGGAGGAGUGGACCCAUAGUGACAGACUUGGUGCCUUAAGAGAUGCUUUGCAGAGUCCACUGCUGGGACACAUCCUCACCCUGCAGCACUCCGUCAAGCAGCUCAGAGACCAGUUGAAUCGUUUGCCUCCGGACACCAGCAGUGAGUUCAGCUUUUCUCGUAAAGGUCAGCUCAUUUUCAGCGCCAGUUGUCCUCCGAGCAGUGGGGGUUCUAUCAGUUCCAAUGGCACAAGCUUAUCAUCUGUGGCUAGUUUGCACUCUGCACAGCAACUUCAGAUGUGGAUCCAAGCAGCUGCUAAGGGGAGGAAGACUGAGCAUGUCCGCCUACCAAAGCCCGUGUCAGGAGGUCUGGGCUUCAGUGUAGUGGGCCUAAGACCUGAGGGAGUAGGCAGCCAUGGUGUCUUCAUUAGACAGAUACAAACAGGAAGCAUUGCUGACAGGAGCGAGAGACUUCGGGAGAAUGACCAGAUCCUGGCCAUUAAUGGAAUGCCUCUAGAUGAAAAUGUGACGCAACACAAGGCCCUUAGUCUACUGCAACAGCAAAGGGAGUAUGUUGAGCUCAUUGUGGCAAGGGACAAGGUUUCCGCAGCAGGAGGAUCCAUUGAUACGGAACAGUGGGACCACGUUGAGGAGAUCGAGUUGGUGAAUGAUGGCUCAGGGUUGGGCUUCGGCAUCGUGGGAGGCAAAGCCACAGGUGUAGUCGUGAGAACACUGGUCCCCAACAGUGUGGCCCACAAGGAUGGACGCUUGCGCACUGGGGACCAUAUCUUACGCAUUGGUGACACCUCCACGCAGGGUCUGGCUAGUGAUCAGGUGGUGCGAGUUUUGCAAGAGUGUGGUAGUCACGUGCGUAUGCUGAUUGCUCGUGAUCCUCUCAAGUUGCCUCGGCAAGCUCCAACUCCACCUCCAGCCCCAGUCACAGCACCUGUUGCGGCCUUACCUCCACCUGUGCCUCUUCGAAAGACCAGCAAAGCCAGCAGAAUUCCUAACUUGCAGGGUUAUGAGAUUCAUGAAGUACCUGUGAAGAAGAAAGAGGGCCAGAGUCUUGGAAUUUCCAUCAUAGGGCACAAUACAUUAAGCAGCGAAGAUGCUGUUGGAGUAUAUAUAAAGAAUGUGGUUCCCGGGAGUGCUGCAGAUCAGAGCGGGAACAUUCAUGUCCAUGACAGGAUUAUAGCGCUUGACGGAGUGAACCUGCAGGGUUUCACCAAUCAGGAAGUUUUGGGGGUGAUGAAGCAGACUGGCCAGACAGUCACCCUCACGCUAGUACGCAAGAUUGCUUCACCCAAGCAUGAUUCCACUGAAAAAUCCCUGGACAGGGUUCAUAGAGAGUCCUCUCGGAUGUCACUGAAGAGAUCAUCAGAGCUCAAAGUUAGAUCUGACAUACCUGUUGUCACAGAGUUACUGGAGUCAACCAACAUUGCUUCAGAGCCACAAGCCUCAAUUAGUGCUGCCGACCCAAUUGGCCUGGUUGAGCGUGAGCUGAGGGAAAAGUGGGAGCAGGCACUUGGACCACACUAUGAUGUUAUGGUUUUGCAGAUGGACCCUCUCAUUGAGGAUGACUUAGAGCUUCAGAAAUUCUCCAAGUUGCAUCCAAUACAUACCAUGCGUUUAGGAGUAGAACUGGACUCAUUUGAUGGACAUCACUACAUCUCCACUGUAAAUCCUGAUGGCCCUGUGGCCAAGCAUGGCUUACUAAGGCCAGAGGAUGAACUACUUGAGGUGAAUGGAGUACAAUUGUAUGGGAAGACUCGUCGAGAAGCAGUGGCUUUCCUAAGGGAAGUACCUCCGCCCUUCACUUUGGUCUGCUGCAGACUGCUGAGUGAGGAAGAAUCAGAGGUGCAAGACUGGAGACCUGACAGCCCAGUGACCAGAAGACCAGAGCAGGAGCUGCUCGACACAUCUGUGUCUAUGGUAGAAAGUGUGCAUACAGCUCCAAGUCCUGAGAAUGGAAAUGGUGAGAUUAAUGAUGGUGCUGUGUGUGAUGAAGAGGAAGAUGAUGAAGACGGAGAGCUGGCUCUCUGGGCCCCUGAUGUGCAAGUACUGGAACUGGAGAAGGCAGAACACGGGUUAGGCUUUAGCAUCCUUGACUACCAGGAUCCUCUGGAUGCCGCACGCUCUGUCAUCGUGAUUCGUUCAUUGGUUCCUGGGGGUGUGGCAGAGCGCAACGGUGGCCUUCUACCUGGGGAUCAACUGGUGUUUGUUAAUGAUACAUACCUUGACACAAGCUCCCUUGCCCAGGCUGUGGAGGUACUCAAGGCUUUGUCACCUGGGAAAGUCUAUCUAGGCAUACGGAAACCUCUGGCAGAUGAGAAUAAGACUGGGGUAAAAGACUGGCAGUCUGGAAGGGAAAGCAGUAUUGAGGAGCCUGAGGUGGAGAAUCCACUCGUUCACAGCAUCCUGUCUACUCAUAAGGGUUUUGAGGAUCCCCCUGCAACCUUGAGGAAGCAAGAGGAUUUUAGCGAUGACCCAGAACUGAUCUUGGACAGCAUGCCACGCUAUGCCUCUCCACUUAUCUCCAAUGAUGACUGCGCUCCCUCGUUCUCCUCCCACCUGGUCGCAGAAGACAACCAAUCCGACCAAUAUGACUCUUCCUCGGACACCACAGAGGACAUGCCCUGCCUAGAGAUGGAGAUGGCGGUGGACGAGGAGGAAAAGAAGGAGGAGGAGGAUCAGCAGCAGGAGUCUGCAGAGAGAAAUGAAAGCGCAUACGACAGACAAGUCUUGUUGGAGAGAGAUGAUCAAACAGUGUCUGACCUUAUUAGCCUUUCACCUAUUCCCCCUGUGUUAGAGGAGCAGAAAGAUGUUGUGAAAGAGGAUAGUACAGAAGUAGAAGAGACAGUUAGUUCUACAGCUCUGCCUACAGAGUCACUUUCCACUCUGCCAAUAUCAUCAGGGAUAGAAUUUGGUGACCUCUGGACAGAAGCUGACCCCCAGGAUGAUGGAGGACUGGGAAAUACAGACAACGAGUUGCGACAUUCAACAAGCAGUGAGAAAAAGAGAAAGGGUCAGGCAGUGGCAGUGGCUCCUAGAGGAGAGCAAAGUUUCUUGCCCCAGAGAGAAGAGGGGGAGGGAGAGGAAACUCCAGCAUUUAGCCACUGGGGACCUCCUCACAGGGUGGAUGUGUGGCAAGAGCCUGACGAGCCUCUGGGAAUUAGUAUAGUGGGUGGACGCACAUUGAUCAAGCGGCUGCGUAACGGAGAAGAGCUGAAGGGAAUAUUCAUCAAGCAAGUGCUUCCACACAGUCCUGCUGGACGUACCGGUACACUGAAGACUGGAGACAAGAUACUGCAGGUUAGUGGAGUGGAUCUUCAAAAUGCCAGUCAUGAAGAGGCAGUGGAAGCCAUCAAGGCAGCUCCAAAUCCAGUGGUAUUCGUUGUUCAGAGUCUAUCAACUACACCUCGGCCCAUCUCUGUAUUGGCACCCAGCUACAGCAAACACAAGGCCAAGAGAAAGGUAUCUGCACCACCUACGAUGACAGUCAGCGCACCAGGGAUCCCUCCGCCUCCCAUGCGUCUGCCUCCUCCUUACCGUCCCCCUAGCAGGCUGCAGGAGGAGCAUCUUGCCCAGCACCAGGAGUUGGAACAGGAUAGAGAGGGAAUCAGGCAGAGGUAUGGGGAGCUGCCAGGAGAAUUAGUGCUUGUGGACCUGGAGAAGGACCGACAGGGUUUGGGACUGAGCCUAGCCGGGCAUCGCGACAGAACCCAGAUAAGUAUCUUUGUGAUCGGGAUCACUGCAGGUGGCCCAGCAUACAGAGAUGGCCGCAUUCAUGUGGGAGAUGAGCUGCUGGAGAUCAACAACCAGGUGUUGUAUGGUAGAAGUCACCAGAGUGCUUCAGCAAUUAUAAAAACUGCUUCACCGAAGGUCAGGAUUCUCCUCAUCAGGAACAAAGAUGGCAUCAAUCAAAUGGCUGUCCCUGCAUUGCCUAUGCCACCUAAUUUUAUUUUGAGCAAUGAAGAGCUGGUGUCCAGUAGUAGUGUUGCUCCUCUGGAAGAAGUUGGAAAGAAACUGGAAACGGAGGAGUCUUCAAAUCGUAUGUCUAUAGAAAGAAAAGAGGAGGUUCCCAAUGAGGUGCAAACCAAGAACUCCGUGAAGUCUAACCAUAAGUCAUUGGAGAGGGAUAAAACGGUUCCUGAUGAGGAGCAGACCAAGACCCUCUCAAAGCCGGUAGAUACUAUUCCCAAUAGCCCUCAGACCAUCAGUGAACUUCCUGUGAAAUCUUUGGAGACUUCCUCCUCAAUAUCUGCAGCACCCCCUACCUGCACCAAUACAGACUUGGAUCAAUGUACUAAAGUUGAUCCUUCCAUAAGUCCCAUCUUGCCAGGGCAGGAGACUGUCAUUGAGAUUUCUAAAGGUCGCUCUGGACUUGGUCUCAGCAUUGUUGGUGGCACAGACACCCAGCUGGAUGCCAUUGUGAUUCAUGAGGUUUAUGAAGAAGGGGCGGCAGCAAGGGACGGUCGUCUGUCGGCUGGAGACCAGAUACUGCAGGUGAAUGGAGUGGAUUUGCGUAGCGCAACGCACGAUGACGCCAUUUCUGCUCUGCGGCAGACUCCAUCCAAGGUGCAACUGACAGUUCUGCGAGAUGAGGCACAGUACCGGGAUGAAGAGAGCCUGGAUGUGUUUGCUGUAGAGCUGCAGAAGAAAGCUGGACGUGGUCUCGGCCUCAGCAUUGUGGGCAAGAGAAACGGUACAGGUGUGUUCAUCUCUGACAUAGUUCGGGGUGGAGCAGCUGAUGUUAAUGGCCGUUUAAUGCAGGGGGAUCAGAUCCUUGCUGUGGAUGGAGAAGACAUGAGGCAGGCUUCCCAAGAAACAGUUGCAGCUAUCCUCAAAUGUACCAGGGGAAAGGUGGCGUUGGAGCUUGGACGACUGAAGGCCGUUUCUUGGGUGUCACACCAUCACAGCUCUAAGGCAGGCCAGAUGAUACCAAAUACCAACAGCAGCAGUUCCACCUAUGCCUCUCUGGCAGCAAAUCCCAUCCAAAACACCCUCAAGCCUGCCAAUGACAUGUCCACCAAGAGCUCAGGACCUGAUACAGGCCUUCGUACUGUGGAGAUAAAACGAGGUCCGAAUGAUGCACUAGGCUUCAGUAUAGCAGGAGGGAAGGGCAGCCCUUUGGGGGAUAUUCCCAUUUUUGUGGCAAUGAUCCAAGCUAAUGGUGUGGCAGCUAAGACACACCGGCUCAAGGUGGGUGACCGUAUUGUAUCCAUAAACUCACAGCUUCUGGAUGGACUUUCUCAUGCAGAGGUGGUCGACAUGCUGAAGAAUGCCUAUGGAGAUAUCAUCUUACAGGUGAUAGCAGACACCAACAUCAGCGCCAUUGCCAGUCAGGUGGAGAGCAUGUCCACCAGCGUCGGUAUCACUGCCGACCUUGAGGCCCCAAGCAGUGAGCCUGAAACUCCAAAGCCAAAUAAUAUCACACUGGAAAGAGGUGCUGAAGGCCUGGGCUUCAGUAUUGUUGGCGGCUUUGGUAGCCCUCAUGGUGACCUACCUAUCUACGUCAAAACUGUAUUCAGCAAGGGGGCUGCAGCAGUGGAUGGUCGUCUGAAGCGUGGUGAUCAGAUCCUCUCUGUUAGUGGUGAAUCCCUGGAAGGGGUGACUCAUGAGCAAGCAGUGGCAAUCCUGAAGAAGCAGAGAGGGGCAGUUACCCUUUCUGUCUUGUCCUGACCUCUUCAACAACUCAACUCAUCCCCAGUCAAACCAGGACAUACAGUGCCUAUAAAAAGUAAUCACAUGCCUUGGAUUUUCCCCUUUUAGUGCUUUUAUAAAUAUUUGUCAAUUUAAUUGGGCCUUUCUUACAAUCAUUUACAAAAAAAAAAAUUUCAAUGUCAAAGUCAAAGCAGAUUCCUACAAAGUACUGUUAAUUAAUUAAAAUGUAUAAUGUAGAUAAAGUGGUUGCAUGGGCUUAUAUGAAGCAUGGUGGUGACCACAUUAUGUGGAUGCUUCUUGACAACAGGCCCUGGAAAGCUUGAAAAGGUAAAUAAAAGGGUCAAAUAAAUUCAGCAUAAUAUAUGGAAAUCCUGGAGGACAACCUGGUUCAGUCUGCAGGAGAACUAUGACUUGGGAGAUGAUUUACUUUCCAGCAAAGCAAUGAUUUAAAGCAGACAGUGAAAACUUCAGAAAAAUUGUUUGAAGAGAACAAUGUAAAUGUUCGUGUGUGCCCAAGACCUCAAUCCAAUGGAGAAUUUAUGACUGGACUUGAAAAGGGUUGUCUAAUCCCUGUGCAAAUGGCAGUAAAAUGGCAGUAUCCGAAUGUGCAAGCCUAAUUGAGACCUAUCCACACAGAUUGCAUGCUUUAAUUGCAGUCAAAGGUAUAUCUGCUGACUUGCAGGGGUUCAUAUUUAUGCAAUCGCUUAUUUACAUCAUAUAUUGUUUUUUAUUAUUACUGUAGAAAUCCACUUUCUCUUUGGCAUUAAAGAUAUUUUUGUAAAUUAUUGAAAAAAAGGCCAAAUUAAAUUGACCAAGACUCAAUUUCUAAAAACAAUAAAAGGGGAAAUAUUCAAGGGGAGUGAAUACUUUGUAAAGGUACUGUAUGGCCCAUAGAACUUUAUGUUAACUUCAGAAUGGAUUUGGGAUGCUUUUGGUUUAAACCUAUCCAGCACCUGCCCAAACUUGAGCCCUUUAACGUGAUCUUAACUACAUGAACAUCUUGUUAAGAGCAGCUUCACCCCAUGGUGUACCGUGAAGAAGAGAACAAUUUGUAUAUUCAGAUACAAAAAAAUCAGUAGUGUGCCCUGGUGUUGCCAUGAAUGAAGCUAUUACAAUAUCUGGUCACAGCAUUAUGAUCUAUGCAUUUGAUUAGCACGCUCCAACCACACAAACAAGAGCAAAAGUGCCAUCAAGGCAGCUAUCCCUGGAUGAUGUGACAUUUCAUAGCCAUGCACCUACACUCACUCAAGUGUGUUUUGUACUGCUGCCCUGAUGUCAUGACUUAAAUCAGCUGUGCAUAAAUCACA